AUGUACAAUGUGCCAAUUUCGACACUGGUGUGUUUGGGCUGUUUGCAGAAACUGCAGAGCACUCCUCUCCUGGAGAAUAGCGAUGAUGAGCUUCAGGACGACAACCCAACGGAGCAGAGUGUGAGUGAAGAUGAUUGGCACAUGUCUCUGGAAAACGAGCAAGAAGAAGAAGAUGAAGAAUUGGAAACCUUGUCUUCUGAUGGCAACAUGCGUAGUGGACAGCAGUAUUGCUCCCCCAGUACCAGUUCUUUGGAGAACAACAGGAGGACCUUCGACAGCAAGUCAAAGAUGGGAACAUGUGCAGUAUCUCAAGGUCGUUCACAAUACGUGCCCCCAGCCUUGAGACAAGAGGAAGGUGGUGCUACAGCAGCUGUUGUUCGCCGAUUGCGUGGCCUCCUUAACAAAUUGGUGGAGUCGAACAUUCAGAACGUGGUUCGAGAGGUUGGCAUCUUGCACCAGGAAGCAGGGCGCUCACUUGUUGCAGAAACUGUGGUAGCAGAAAUCCUACAGGCAGUGAAAAAAGGUCCCAGAGCAUCAAAGCAGUUUGCAUCUGUUGCAGCCGCCUUUGUCACUGGCCUCACUGCCACAGCAAAUGCCCAGGAGAUUGCUGCGCAGUUUCUGGCAGCUAUUGCCUCUGCUCUGGAGGAGUCAUAUGAAAUGAGGGACAGUCUGGCAUGCACCAACUUGGUUUCUAUACUGUGUAAUUGCUAUCUAUGUGGCAUGAUGGAUGGUGGGUUGCUGUACAGCCUUCUGGACACACUGACAGGGAGAUUUGAUGAGCGUGACGUUUCGCUGAUGUACACAAUAUUGAAGGUGUGUGGGUGGAGACUGCGUUCAGAUGACCCCAAGGCAAUGAAAGACUAUGUCCUGGGGGUGCAUGCAAGGGCUGCCCAAGUCAGCCAAGAAGGGCAGCUGACAAAGCGAGCAGAGCUCAUGUUGGACAUGGUUGUUGACAUAAAAAACAACAGAAGAAAAGGCUCAGGACAGGGAACAGCUGGUGUGUCUCCAGAAGUCAUGAGAUGGUUAACCCAGAGUGGUGUGGAAGGGAUUCAUCUGGGCACUUUGUCAUGGGACAAGCUGUUGGAUCCAGAUAAGAAAGGGCUCUGGUGGGCCUCACAGCUAGAGCAUGUCCAUGUUCGCCUUCCUGCUGUCGCCAGCUUGAAGACGGGCAGCAGCGCAUCAGGAGAGGGCAUGGAACUUGUGCAGCUUGCAGCGUCGCAGAGAAUGAACACAGAUGUCAGAAGGGCAGUUUUCUGCAUUGUUAUGGGGAGCCAGGACUACAUUGAGGCCUGCGACAGCCUGACAAGGCUUGUGCUCAAGGGUGAGCGCGAGCGCGAGAUCAUUCGGGUUCUGGUCGACUGCUGCCUUCAGGAGCGCUGGUGGAACUUGUACUAUGCGCACUUGGCGCUGAGACUGUGCUUGAACAGCGGCAGCCAUCGCAAGACGCUCCAAUUUCUUGUGAAGGACAAGCUUUUGGCAUUGGCCGACAUGCCAAGCCGUCAUCUGCAUCACUUGGCGUGUUUGCUGGCGGCGCUGAUUGUUGGUCGUGGGAUCCCGUUGUCUAUUGUUAAGGGGGUUGAUUUUUGCUCAUUAUCGUCCGAGAACGAGUCGACGUUUUGGCGUACCUUCUUCGUCCAGCUCUUUCUUGGUUUCAAGAAUGAAGAAGACAUGCGUUCGACUUUUCAGCACUUGUCCUCGCAUCACCAUUUGAAGUCUUUAGAAUCUGGUCUUCUGGUAUUUUUCCGUCGGAGCCUUGGUCCUAAACUGUCGAGCAAAGAUGCGUUAGGCUCGCAACUGUGCCCCAACAAGGAUGCUUUGGAAACCGUGUUGUUACGCAUGAGAACAGUGGAGUCCCUGUUUGCGUCUAGAGCCGUUUGA